AUGACGUCGAAAGAAUCCCGGUCUGAGACCGGAAAAGAGAGAUGGUUAAGUCCCGCACGGUUGUGGGAAUAUCUCGAUCUAGACUCGCAUAGCUUCCUCAUGAUGCUGAAGGGAGCAUUGGCGCCGACCAUCACAAUUGCAAUAUACCAGAGUACUGCGAUUUCAAAUAUCACUACAACUAUCGGUUACCUCUCGGCCCUGAUUUCCGUCCUUUCACAGGGCCUCAUGCCGCGAGCAAAGUUCAUGAAGAUCAUGUUCUUCGACCUUUUAUCCACAUGCGUCUCGGCAUCUAUCUGCUGUCUCGCUGUAUUUUGCGCCGUCAAGGCACGCCAGCAUAACAUACCCCCCGACGCUAGCGAGGCAGUUCGAAAUGGCUUCAGCAGUGAUGCCUGCGCUGUCUCUGCCAUCUGGCUAAUCUUCAUGAUCUGGGCGGCAAACUCACUACGCGCUCUCAAGCCCAUGGAACUACAGGAUCCAAUGGUUGCGUUUUCUAUCUUCGCUUCCGUAACCGUCACCCGCGCUGGCAUGUUUACCUCCCUUUCCGAAGGAUUGGACCGGGGUAAUGUCUUCCAAGACAUGAAGCGGUACGUUGCUGCCGUGGAGGGGGUGCUUGAUGCGCAGAUCGCCUUCGACGACGGUGGUGCGACGGGCGGGAUCUUCGGAAGGGGCUUUCUUCGUCGGGCACGGACCGCAAUGGGUCGUGAUGGGGAGGAAGAAGAGAGCGAGAGCGACACAGAUCUGCAGUCUAGUAUUAAGGAUCUGCAAGUUUCAAUGGCUAAAUUGAACGCGGUGCAUAAUACGCUGCAUGCUGAUCUGUUCUAUUCGAAGGAUGAGAUCGCAUGGGGAAAGCUGUCAGCGGACGAUCUGAGUGGAAUUGCCUCGUUGUUCCGGAGUCUUUUGCUUCCACUUGCUGGAAUGUCGAUGAUGCCGGAGAUCCUGGAGAGACUCGGAAUCGAGACAGGGGAUAUCCUGAGGGUAGUGGAGACGCAUCAUGCGCGGCUUGUUGAGGCGGCUGAUUUGGUUCGCUGUGGAUUGGCACAUUUUCUCUUUGCCUUGGAGCUUAUUUCAGCUAAGCAUUUGGAUCGCUUGAAAAAGACGCACCUUGUCAGGUACCACCAUGACGAGGAAGCAAGGGGGGAAAGCUUGAAUCCGGGUGAUCAGGACUUUACGUCACGGUUUGAGAAUCAGCUACACGUUUAUUACUCGCGAAGGAAAGACCUACCUGAGGCGCUUACGAGUCUUGAGGCAUUUUCUGAAAAAUAUGAUCGUGAUGCUCAUGGAGGUGGUCGUGGACAUGAUGGCGUCGCUGCAGAUCCGCCUAUCUGCCAGGAGUUUUUCCUCAUUCUCUACAUGGCUCAUCUUCAGGACGAUCUCUUGACGGCAACCAUGAAACUAGUGAAUUUUGCCGACAGCAAGGUCGUGGAUGGAACAAUGACGCGGGGGAGAUUGAUUUUUCCCAGGCAAAAGUCUAUUCGCGACUGGUUGUCCUUGAGUCACGGCAAAGACAGUCAAUCCUUGCCGGAAAGUAGGAGGUCCUCCGUGGACCCUGCGGAUAUUAAUCGCACAGAGCGAGACACCCGAUUUCCGGAUCCAGAACACCUUCCGCCUGAAAAUAUUUGGGAGAAAGGUAGUGCGAUAUUGCGUGUGAUUUCUCAUGCAUUGAAAUCCGACGAAAGCACCUUUGGCUUUCGUGUAGCAGCCGCCUCUUUCUCGGUCGGCAUUCUCGCGUAUCUGCAUCAGACGCAAGACUUUUUCAUUCGUCAGCGAUGUAUUUGGGCGAUGAUUGUCAUUGUCAUUGGCAUGAACCCGACAAGUGGGCAGACCAUGUUUGGAUUCGUAGCGCGCAUUGUCGCAACGGUGAUUUCGCUCGUAUUAAGCUUGAUAGUAUGGUAUAUCGUUGAUGGGAAGACGGCGGGUGUGAUAGUUUUUCUCUACUUGGCAAAUGUCUUCGAGUACUACUUCUACGUCAAAGUCCCGCAGUACUUUGGUCCGUCGGUUAUUUCAAUCGUCACCUUGAAUGUCAUCAUUGGCUAUGAGCUACAGGUCCGUAAACUCGGCAUACAAGCUGCAGAGUCGAACGGCCAGCCAUACUAUCCCAUUUACCUUUUUGGACCAUACAAAUUGGCGGCGGUUGCAGCCGGUUGUGCGAUAUCAUUUUUCUGGGUUAUAUUCCCAUACCCCAUCACAGCCAAGUCUCAGCUCCGCCAUCUCCUCGGUCGAAGCAUGUUCGUCUUGGCCAAAUUUUACAGCUGCAUGCAUACGACCAUUGAACUUUGGUUUGGUGGUGGACUAGGCAGUGCCGAUGAUGAGAGCUCGCCAGGUUAUCAGCUUCAAGCAUCCCGACACAAAAUAUUCAAAGAGGAGAUGAUGCUACUGAAUAGUCUCCGGAUGCACAGCCAUUUUAGUACAUUCGAGCCCCCGAUCGGAGGCAAAUUCCCGAAGAAAGUCUACGAUGAUAUAAUUUCCGAGAUCCAGCGCAUAUUGACCAGCAUGUCCCUUAUGGCACACACGACGCAAUGUUUGGACUUGCUUUCUGUCGAAUCUGAACACGCUGGUCAUAAAGGCGAUGAUCAGUGGAUGGCGCGAUUGGCAGAAAUCGCUUUGAAAUCGGCUGAUUUCAACUCACACCGGAUUACCUCAUUAUUGUGCCUUCUUUCUGCUGCUAUCAUGAAUUCCCAGCCCUUACCGCCAUAUCUUUCGACGCCGGACUCGUUCCCUCUUGCACGGCAAAUGCAGAAGAUUGAUGAUGAGCUGUUGAGUAUUCGACACAUCGGAGAUCCAUCGUUCUCGGCAUUUGUGGCCUUGGAGGUAUUGAGGUCUGUUGUGAGCUUCAGCUUGCAGGAAUUGAUUGAUAACGUCCGAAAACUGGUCGGGGAGCUCGAUUUUGAUUUUCAUAUUCCUCAGACUCACCACGACACAGAGUCAUCGGGACUACUACAGCCCAACCAUGCGAACACCAACGCCACAUGA